CAUCCACCCUUAAAAAGCAAAGGAACCCCCCUUAUUAGCCCCCGGAUCCCCAAUCUUACACUCAUUUCUCUGUCAACUCCGAAAGCAAAAACUGUCAUUUAUAAUUUGUACUAUGGCUGAUGAUCCUCAAGAUGUUGCUGACAGAGAUCGAAUAUUCAAGCGUUUUGAUACAAAUGGCGAUGGCAAAAUCUCAGCGGCAGAGCUCGCGGAAUCCCUGAAAUUACUGGGGCAAAUUACCGCAGAGGAAAUCCAAACGAUGAUGGACGAGAUUGAUACCGACGGAGAUGGCUUCAUUUCAUACGAGGAAUUCACAGAAUUUGCCAGAGCCAACCGUGGCCUGGUCAAGGAUGUUGCCAAGAUUUUUUAACUUUUUUUUUUCCCUUAAUGUCAAUUUUUUCUUUGUUUCUUCUCUAGUGUUUCGCGUCACCGGGAUUAACAACACCAAAUUCGCUGUUUUUUUGUGCAUGUCUUGUCUCUGUAUACGAUCAUGUAAAAGCUCUCCAAUCAUACAUGUUUCCUCUUUAGGAUUCUCUCAUCGGAAA